GCCAUCUCCCGGCCAUUUUCCCACUCAAACUCUUCAGCUUCCCGGCUCGGCGAGCAGUCCACGGCGCCCGAGUAAGCCCCAGCCCGCACCGCUGUCUUCCGUUUCGCGGCGAGAGCCAUGGACACCGAGCACAAGACGUCAGCCGACGUGCGCGAAGGAACCCCGCCAGCGCCGGCGAAGAGCGAGGAGCCCAAAACCCCUGCCGAGGCCAACGUCAAGUCGGUGGAGGGGGAGACCAAGGCCAACGACAGGGCCGACGGGAAUAAGAAACCGUCCAAGGAGAAGUGCUCUCAGAAGCACACAAAACGCAAGCCGAAGAAGUCACAAAAGGCAGCGUCGUCCACGGAGUCGGCGUCGGAUUCUGAAAGCGAUGACAGCACCGAUGCGGCCUCUUUGUCCUCAUCUUCGGACGACAGCCACUCGGAAGCAGACGGGCCCAAGAAGAAGCGGGUAGCCAAGAAGCGUCAGGAUCCCCAGAGAGCCAAGAAGAAGACGCGCUCCAAAAAGCACAACAAGAAGACGGCCAAGUCGCAUGAUUCGUCCGAUUCGGAUUCCGACUCGGACUCUUCGGACGCCAGUGACGGAGGCAGCUCCGGCGACGAGGCGACCCAGCUAACCCAGGCAGACCUGGCCAAGCAGCUCCAGCUGCUUCUGCAGCAGCUGCAGCAGCAACAGCAGCAGCAGCAGCAGCAGCAGCAGCAGCGCCAUGGCGGCGGCGGUUCGUAUCAUGAGUACAACGCCGGCAUCAACAACACCUUGCCCCCUCCCAUCUACGGUAGCGGCCAGCCAAGGGCCCGGCGCGGAGGGGUGCGUCCUUCUUCGCGCAUGAACCUCAGCCUGGGCGGCAUUGAUCCCGGCGUCCUCCUGGACGCCAAGCAGCAGCAGAAAGAGAAGAAGAAGCGAGCCAAGGCUACUAAGCUGGACUACAAGCGUGUCGACCAGGUGUGGGACGACUCGAUCCACAACUUCAAGCUCCAGGACACGGCCGAGGGAACCGUGGAUGCCCAGUACGAUGAGUUCCUCUUCCACGUCCGCCGAACGUUCGACUGGGAGGGCAAAUACAAGGCCACCAUCGUCGACAUCAAGAGCAACCUGCUCCGUGAGUGCCUGCAGGAGGUCAUGGGCGGCAUCAAGGGCGUCAGCCUGGUCGACGACACGCCGAAGCUCGAUCCCAACAUGCUCUUUUUGUACCUCGAGGAUCUCCGCAAGCACAUGAAGGAGUUGAAGAAGAAGGCGAAAGCAGCCAAGGGUGAUAGGCACGGCCGGAAGAAGGAGCAGAAGCGGGCAGAAACCAAGCGGCAGCAUCUGAAAGUCCUGAUCAAGUAUAUUGACAAGGACUACGCCGACGUCAAGAACAGCCUCUACCCUAUGCUGGAGAACGGCCUCAUCACAUUUGACCUGCUAUGGGCGCUGUGGAAGCCGAACACGCUGGCCUUCACGACCACGUACGGUUCACACGACGAACCCCGUGUGUUCAAGGUCGAGAUGGCGGAGAGACAUCACGGCCUGAUGAGGGGCGGGUAUUAUUACAUUGAGGGCAAGUACUUCGAGUAUGAUGGGAAGCAGUUCGGCUUCGGCAGCAUAGCGGAAGAGAUUGGCGACUUCCGCGGAGCGCGCAAGAUCACAAGCCUGGCUUGCUACCCGCUGCAGUACCACAAGAACGAGGCGCAGCUGCGCAAGGAGCUGAUCGAGCGCGGCAAGAAGUUCGUGUCCCUCAGCGGCGUGCACUACAAGAGCCACCAGGGGAUGGCCUACUUCAAGAAGAAGAAGUCCAUCAUCAAGGUCAACAUCAACGGGCGCGUCAUGAUCGACCCCAGCAUCCAUCGGCGCAUCAACCCCAACUACCCGAUCUCUCUCGUUAGACCCAAGGACCAGGAUGAGCUCUCUGACGACGACGACUCGGACGGCGAAUCGGUCUGCUGCGGGUGCGACUCGGAUGUCGGCGGUGACGCUGGUUCUGGCGGCGAGAAGCUCAAGUUCGUGACCAAGGUCUUCCAGGACGGUAAGGGCAACGUACAGGUUAUCCGCGCGCCCAGAGAAAACGACGACGAAGGAGGCCGGGGAGAGAAGCUCGACAAGGUGACUGCGAAGGGCGAGGACGCACCGCAGGAGAACGGCGACGACGGGACGGCGACUCCGGCAGGGGGCAAGGGGGCCAAACCGAUCCCCGAGUUCAGCGACGAGGAGUACUUGAUCGCAUCUCCGGUGGUGCUCGGCUUUGCCUUUGCCGAGAAAAUGUGGUUGGAGUUCACCGUGUCCGGCAUCAAGGAUAUCCAAUGGAACGAGACUGCUUACGACUCCCUGGUGCUUGAGCCCAAGACCAAGGACAUCGUCAAGGCGCUCGUUGAGUCACACAAGUACCACGCCGCCGAGAGCAUCGACGACGUGAUUCAGGGCAAGGGCAAGGGCCUCGUCGCCGUGCUUCACGGCCCUCCGGGCACCGGCAAGACCCUGACGGCCGAGGGUAUCUCGGAGCUUCUCAAGUGCCCUCUGUACAUGGCGUCGGCCGGCGAGCUGGGCACGGACUCGCGGUUCCUCGAGAGCGAGCUACAAAAGAUCCUGGACAUCUGCCACGCCUGGGGCGCGAUCCUGCUGCUGGAUGAAGCCGACGUGUUCCUGGAGAAGCGGAACAUGCACGACAUCCACCGGAACGCGCUCGUGAGCAUCUUCCUCCGGCAACUCGAAUACUUCCAGGGGAUCCUCUUCCUCACGACGAACAGAGUGGAGACUUUUGACGACGCUUUCCAGUCGCGCAUCCACAUCGCUCUGCGGUACGACAACCUGGACCACCGUGCCAAGAAGGCCAUCUUCAAGAUCUUCAUCGAGCGCGUGCGGGUGCUCGAGAAGAUCAGCCUGAUGCCGUUCAGCGAGGAGGACUACAACAUGCUGGCACGGCACGAUCUCAACGGGAGGCAGAUCAAGAACACGGUCCGCACGGCGCAAGCUCUGGCGGUCAACAAGGGCGAGCCGCUGUCCAUGAGCCACAUCCGGCAGGUGCUCGAUGUGCAAACCAACUUUGAGCGGGAUUUGAAGGGCGGCACGGGCUACCAGGAUGCGAUGCGGAGUUAUUUUUAGUUGGGGCC